AUGCAGGCUCUCAGAUCUUCAGUGCUUCGGCAAGCCCGCAGAAGUUACGCGACAGUCUCCUCCAGCACACAGUAUCAAGCUACCAUUGGCAAUCUGAAGAUCAGUGCCGACACGAAAGUCCUUUUCCAGGGGUUCACAGGCAAACAAGGAACGUUUCACGCCCAGCAAGCGAUCGAUUAUGGCACGAAAGUGGUUGGUGGAACGAACCCCAAGAAAGCCGGCUCAACACAUCUGGGACUGCCCGUUUUCAAGACCGUGAGCGAAGGCAUGAAAGCUACAGGAGCCGACGCGAGCAUUAUCUUCGUCCCUCCCCCAGUCGCGGCCGCCGGAAUCGAGGAAGCCAUUCAAGCAGAAAUGCCCCUGGUCGUGUGUAUCACUGAGGGUAUACCGCAACAUGAUAUGGUUCGAAUCACGAACAUGCUUAAAACACAGAGCAAGACGCGGCUUGUGGGCCCCAACUGUCCCGGAAUCAUCGCCAGCAAUGUUUGCAAGAUUGGAAUUAUGCCAGGAUUUAUCCACAAGAGGGGACGAGUUGGCAUCGUGUCCAGAUCGGGUACACUGACGUACGAGGCGGUGAACCAGACUACGCAAGCCGGUCUUGGUCAAUCGUUGGUCGUGGGAAUCGGUGGUGACCCGUUCAGCGGCACCAACUUCAUAGACUGCUUGAAAGUGUUUAUGGAAGAUGACGAAACCGAAGGCGUUAUCAUGAUUGGCGAGAUCGGAGGGAGUGCCGAGGAAGAAGCAGCCGAAUACUUGAAGAGCGAGAACAAGAAGAACAAGCCAGUGGUCAGCUUCAUUGCCGGUAUCAGUGCGCCUCCUGGACGACGAAUGGGCCAUGCCGGUGCUAUCAUCAGCGGUGGAAAGGGAGGAGCGGAUUCCAAGAUCGCGGCACUGGAGGCGGCCGGAGUGGUUGUGGAACGGAGUCCCGCUAGAUUGGGCAAGACUCUGCAUGCCCAGUUCGUCAAGCAAGAUCUCAUCUGA